UUGUCCCAGAUUUCCACCUGUCAUGUUUUUUCACUCAUUUUUAGAAACCGAUAACAAAAAGUGAAACGAUCAACCAUUGUGUUUGGAAAAGGAAAGUAGGUUUUUUUUUUGGUUGAGUUCACCUAUGGCUUCAAGGUUGUUGUGGGCCUCGAGGGCCGCCUCAUACCUCAGGAUCUCAGUCUUCCACAGAGGCUUUUCUUCUGUUUUGAAGGAUCUUAAGUAUGCAGACUCUCAUGAGUGGGUGAAAGUGGAGGGGAACUCUGCUAUUGUUGGUAUCACUGAUCAUGCUCAAGAUCAUUUAGGGGAUGUUGUGUAUGUUGAAUUACCGGAAGUGGGGGCUCCUGUGGAACAGGGCAGCGGCUUUGGUGCAGUUGAAAGUGUCAAGGCUACUAGUGAUAUUAAUUCUCCUGUUUCAGGGAAAAUUCUUGAAGUUAAUGAAGAACUCAGCAGCUCCCCUGGUCUUGUUAACUCAAGCCCAUAUGAGAAAGGAUGGAUAAUUAAGGUCGAGGUGAGUGACAGUGGUGAAUUGAAGAACUUGAUGGAAGCUGAUCAGUACUCCAAGUUCUGCGAAGAAGAAGAUGCAAAACACUGAGUAACUCUGUUGGGAGUUCUUUCCUGGAUAACGAUGAUAAAUCAACGAAUCUUAUGAGUGGAGAGUGCACUUUUUUUGUUUUUCUUUUUGUUUCUACUCAAACAUGUGCUUUUACUGCUCUUCUUCUGUGUCUUUGGAGCUACAAAAUUUAAUACAUUUUCUAUCUUAAUUAAGAAAAUAAUGAAUUUGGGUUUUUGCGUUUUA